AUGGUUCAGUUCGGCAAAACCUGUCAUCCGCUGGCUCUCCUUUCGGUCAUCGCCAUGCUACUUGCCUCUGUUGCGUCUUUUGGGUGGGGCAUGUUUGCGGGAAUACCGUGGUCUCUCGCUCGAGUUCCACCGCCACCACCUCCUGGCCCUCGUCCACUAGGCCUUGAUCGCUUUGGCGGAGGACCUUUACGCCUUGGCCCUCUAUAA